UCUUGGAAGGGCGAUGGCGAAAGGCAGCCAGACUGUGCGUGUGGAUCAAUCCUGGCGAGGAAGAGCUUGUGGAGGAGGGAGGGAGGAGGCGAUCAUCUGGUGAUGCUCUUGCCUGAUCGCAAAUCGCAAUGCGGCGCAUGGAUUUCUUGCUCCUGGCACUGUGGAUCGCAUGGCGAUCUUGUCUUGUUUGCGCAAUUCCGAUCGGCGCGCGGCCGCACAGCGCAUCGAUCGUGGAUUUUGGGGCCAUCGGCGACGGCGUGACGCUCAACACGCUCGCGUUCCAGAAUGCGAUGUUCUACCUCAGCUCCAUCACGGCGACCGACAAAGGCGGCGCCAUGCUCUACGUUCCGGAAGGCCGCUGGCUCACUGGCAGCUUCAACCUCACCAGCCAUUUCACGCUCUAUCUGGAGCGAGGAGCGGUGAUUCUUGGUUCUCAGGAUCCAUCGCAGUGGCCAAUUAUUGAUCCAUUGCCAUCGUAUGGAAGAGGGCGUGAGCUUCCCGGCGGUAGGCACAUCAGCCUCGUCCACGGAGAGAAUUUGGAAGACGUCGUCAUCACGGGUACGCUCUUUUCCUCUUUUCCGCUGGCCACACCGGCUUUUUCCUUUGUUCUAGGCGAGAAUGGAACCAUCGAUGGCCAAGGCGCCAAAUGGUGGCGAUGGUCCAAGCUCGGGCUUCUCAAUCACACCAGAGGCCAUCUCGUGGAGUUCGUCAGCUCGACCAACAUCAUCAUCUCGAACGUUACGCUUGUGAAUUCCCCGUUCUGGACGCUCCAUCCAGUCUACUGCACCAACGUCCUGAUCCAGGGAGUGACAAUCCUCGCGCCGCAGGACUCGCCCAACACCGAUGGCAUCGAUCCAGAUUCCAGCUCCAACGUUUGCAUCCAAGACUGCUACAUCAGCAACGGAGACGACAUGAUCGCCAUCAAGAGCGGCUGGGACGAGUACGGCAUCGCUUACGGCCAGCCCAGCUCCAACAUCCAUAUCCGUCGAGUCACCGGACAGACCAAGCGGGGUGCCGCCAUAGCCAUCGGAAGCGAGACCUCGGGUGGCAUAGAGAACGUCCUGGUGGAAGACCUCGUCGCAGUGAGCACCAAGUCGGGAGUUUCCAUCCGGACUGGCGUCGGCAGGGGCGCCUACAUCCGAAACGUUGUCCUCUCCAGCAUCACCUUGCUCGACAUCCAGACCGCCAUCACCAUCUCCGGCUUCUCCAGCGAGCACCCGGACAACGGUUACAACGCCACCGCUUUCCCAGUCGUGGAAAAGGUGACGGUCAGGGGAGUCACGGGCAACACGCUGGACAGGCCCGGACGAAUUCUGGGAAUCCCGGAGGUGCCUUUCAGAGAUAUCUGCUUGGAGGACAUAGCGCUGGAUGCUAGCACCGGACUGACCGCCUGGAAGUGCACGGACGUGGAGGGCUACUCGUCCUCGGUGACACCAAAGAUAUGCAAGGAACUGUCCGAGAACAACAGCCCCGAUGCCUGCCCGUUCCAGCUCCCAGCGAUCCCAUGGUGCUGACAACUUCCAGCGGCAAAGUCGCUCUCCGGGGAAACGUACUAGAGUUCCUGCUCGCGAUUGGCACGCUCGGUUUGUUAUAGCAAAGCGGAAAAAAAACACAGGUACAUUACCUCCUAGAUACCAUUCUUUUUAGCGAAGAGGUUUCAAUCCAAGCUUGGCUCGGAGCUUGUUGGCCUC